CUUGUCUGUGAUGAUACCGAUGUGAUUCUCACGUAGUCAGUGUCAACUCGACGACGGUUCGCACUUCAACUCGCGAUGCGGCUUUCUUGUACCAUUUACACGGCGAUCACGCUCAUUUUAUUCAGCAGCAUAGUGUUGUAUGCCAGCGGCACAGAAAGGUCCCCCAUAUGGAAUCACACUUGGACCGAUCGGCUGAAGCAAGAUCUAUUCGUAAAAUACGACAAGUUCGCCAGGCCGACGCAAUACUUUAAUACCACAGUCGUCAAAUUCGACAUUACUUUGCUUUAUGUCGAUGUGGACGAUUUCAAGUCUACCAUCACCGUCAACGGAUGGGCUAAUCAUAUGUGGAUAGAUGAAAAACUCAAAUGGGAUCCCGCAAAAUACGGAAAUAUCAAACAUAUUCACGUAGGGAGCCACGAGGUAUGGCAACCAGACAUUCUGUUGUAUCACAGUGGCACUGCGGGUACAGUUGAGCAUUAUGGUGACACGGCCUGCAUCAUCUUUAAUAACGGUCGAGUGUUAUGGGUGCCACCGGCGCAAUUUGUCGGACUUUGCGAGUUAGAUCUUCGUCUUUGGCCCUUUGAUACUCAGAUUUGCAAUAUGACGUUCGGCUCUUGGACAUAUCAUGGCGAACAAAUCGAUAUGCGAUUAAGCGAGUCCGAAAACAUGGAACGUAUGUACGUGAAAAAUGCAGAGUGGAAAUUAAUAGAUCUGACCAAAUCGCGUGAAGCAGUCAUCUACUCCUGUUGCCCGGAACCAUACAUCAAUCUAAAUUUCAAGAUGACUUUAAAAAGGAAUUCAGCGCUUUAUUGUAGUAUAUUGCUGAUGCCUGCUGCCGCAAUAGUUUUCCUGGUUCUGGUUACGUUUUGGUUACCACCUCAAAGUGAAAUGAAGAUCAGCGUUGCGGCCUGUACUAUAUUAAUCAUCGCCAUAUUUUUGGGCUUUCUCGGCCUUAAAGUACCAUUAACUGCGACUCCUCCGCUCAUAGUUUAUUUUUAUAGUGGCUGCCUCUGUCUAGAGACAAUAUCGUUAGUAUUAUCAAUAAUGGUGAUCAACAUGUCAAAAAGGGUUUAUUGCAAACCACUUCCAAGAAAUAUUAGGCUAUGCUUAUUAAGUUGGCCUGGAAAACUGUUAGGACUCUCCGAUCUCAUAAGUGUGAUCGAAUCGCGACGGCCUAUGCCAAGUCAGGAGUUGCGCGGCAAACUUACAGAGGAGUCCACUACUAAUUCGACAUCUAACAUUUCCGACGAUGGAGAUCGGCAGAAUAUAAUUUCACCAACGAAGAACACCACACAACUCGAAUGGAUUCUUGCGGGCACGGCUAUGGAUCGUAUAGCUUUUGUAUUGUUCUGUUUGAUUUUAGCAACAAUGGCAAUAGUGUGCAUAGGCUAAUUCAUUACAUGAAAAUAUUCCUAAGUUGAAUAUAUCAACAAUCUAAUAUAUAUAAAUGAUAUAUAUAAAUAAAUCAUAAACUGUUAUUCAAUAUAUUGAUUUAUUUUUGUAAAUAAAUAUCUUUCUUGUAAAAUCUACAAAGGCAAACAAAAAAAUUAUAUAUAUGUAUGUAUAUACACACAUAUACAUAUAUAUAGUAUUAUUGGGAAGAAAAUAUGCAAGAACGUUUCAAUCAGCAUUGGAAUAAUUUCAGAAAGAUUUAUUCUUUGACUGUUAUGAAGAAUUUUAUGAAAAUGUGAAUUUCCCGCAUUGUAAAAUGUUCAAUAAAUAAGCUUAAAAAAUUUUUUGGCAUAAAUAAAAUAUUUAAUCAAGAAAAUUUUUUAAUAUAAUUUUCAGUUUUAUGUACUCAAUGUGUAAAUUUUUCAUUUCUUUCGAUAAUUUAUAUUAAAAAUAAAAAAAUCUUUUAAAAUUAACAAAGAUUCUUAAAUACACAUACAAGGCUUGAAUACAAUGUCUUUUGACUUUUUCAAUCUCUAAUAUAAGCUUUCAUAUUUUUUAUAUAAGUUUGUAGUAUUUAACGAUGUUAGAUAUUACAAAUUACUAUCAGAAAUUACUGUUUGUCUUUGCUAUUUGGGACAUCAACUUCUACAUAACAUAUUUCAAAAAUAAAUAUCUAGAAUAUAGCAAUGUAUAAUAUUCUUAUAAAUAACAGCUGCCAUUGUUUUAAUAUUAUCCCGAUUAAUUUUUAUUUAUGGCAAGAAUCUUUUUAGAGAUAUUCAUUUAGGGAUAUUUAUAACAUUUUUACCAAAUUACAUAAAAUUCAAAGAGUAAAUCGUCUAGAAUUAAAGUCUAGUAUUGCAUUGCAUGAAAAUAUUAUAUAAUAACAUAAAUUAGCGUUGCAUAUGUUUGUGAACAACUCAAUAAAAUAUUAUUAAUUUUCAUU